AUGCUCUCGUUCAUUGCUGUCAAACAUUCCCAUGUCCAACAGAUUCUGGGUAACUUGGAAACUACCUCUUGUGAUAGUAGUGAAGGCUCUUUAUUGAUAGAGGAUAUAGGUUUUAUACGCGACGAAGGUGUCUACAGCGAGGAUGGGCCUAUCGAUUUAGACACGUUUCUUCUACAGCUACAAGCAUUGAUUGCUCGGCUACGAUACACCAAUCCAUUGAUGGACCUGGAGAUUGCUUGGGAUAUCGUGAAUAAGAAUGAAUCGGUAUGCAUUCUUUUGGGAGGAACUUCAGGAUGUGGCAAAUCCACGUUGGCGAGUCUACUUGCUCAUAGGAUCGGCAUCACAACUGUACUAUCGACAGACCAUGUGCGCAGCUUGCUCCGCAGCUUUGAUCCAAAGAAAAAGUCGGCCAUCUUGUGGGCGUCUUCUUACCAUGCCGGUGAAUCCUCAAAUGAUAACUCUACCGAUGAAGGAGUGGUUACUGGAUAUGAAGCACAAAGUCAAUUGCUAUUCGACAGCCUCGAUCAAAUGAUUACCGGUUUUCGUCAACGAAAGGAAAGCUUAGUCAUUGAGGGUGUAGGAUUAUCAGUGGCCAACAUUAAACGUCUCGCCGAAAAGCAUCCCAAUUGCAUCCCACUUAUUGUUUACAUUAGCAACGAGCAAAAGCACACUGAAAGAUUCGCCAUUCGAGCCAAAUACAUGACCGUCGCCCCUCGAUCCAACAAGUAUAUACGCUAUUUUGAUAACAUACGAUUGAUUCAGUCCCAUCUCUGCCAACAAGCGGACGAAUGGAUGAUACCCAAGGUGGAUAACACCAAUGUGGAUAGGAGUUUGGCUAUUCUACAUAUGACUGUGCUCCAUGUUCUAGCCCGCUUAAGAGUGCAGCAUAAGAUAUUCACACCGCAUCCAGUGACACACAAAUUCGACAUUGUGCAUACCGAAUUCGCCAAGGUACACCACGCUACCUGGAGUUCCAAGCAAAUGCUUAGGCAAAUACGACAAAAUUCAUUACGUGCACGCAAUGACACAUCAAGGAUAUCAACUACCACUACCACCACCAAACAUGAAACAGAAGGACGAGAACAACAACAACAACGACCAAAACAAAGCAACAAUCAAGGAGCAUCAUCCACAAAUACAAUCAUGUCCAAGCCUUCAAGUAUGCUAUUAGCAUGUCAAGCGCGUUGGAAAGGUGUUGUACGAUCAUGGACAAAUCGUUCAUAG